GAGUAACGAGUCCGCGUCCCCAGCGAAGAGGCGAACAACUUGCCGUGCACACCGGGUACUUGUGUCUGCCGGCUGUCCUGCCGCUUCUCCUUAGUAUUGUUGUUCUUGGUGCCGCCACUCCUUUUCUUUUUUAAUUUUUAAAUUUUUAUUUUUCCCUGGCUUUCCUUUUUAUUUAUUUAUUUUAUAUAUUUUUUAGUUACUUUAAGAAAUUUUCUUCCAUUUUUCCGCGGAGGGAGGGGUGGCUGCCUUGGCUGGCUGGAGGGUCUGUUGCAAAAAGCGGGAGAGAAAAAACAAAAACAAAACAAAAAAGCCAAAAAGAAAAGAAAGGCAGGAAAAAAAAAGCCAAACAAAACCAAACCAAAAACCAAACCAAAAAAAAAACCAAAACUUCACUCGGAUCUGAAAGUGGCAGGAAAGUGCCUGGCAAGUUGCAGGGAUGGAGCUACACAGCUUGCAGGAGGCGUUAAAAGUGGAAAUCCAAUGUCACCAGAAACUAGUUGCACAGAUGAAGCAAGAUCCACAGAACGGGGAUCUUAAGAAACAAAUCCAUGAAAGGCAAUCAAGAAUAGCAGCUCUUAAUGAGAAACAACACUUGUCAUUUAGAAACUGCACUCGGGCGGUGCUGGCGGGCAGCGGCGCCAGCGGCAGCGCCGAGCCCGGCGUCGUCCCGGCGCUCCUCAGGGCUCCGGGCGGCGGGAGCCCCGGCGGCAGCCCCGGGCACAGCCUGCCCAUCGCCGCUCUGCCGGCCAUGGUCACGGCCGGCCUGCCCGGCGGGAUGGGCGCGGAGCCCCCGCAGAGCGCGCCCGGGGCUGUGGGUGCCCGCCGGCCGGCUGAGCUCGGCUCCAGAGCCCAGACUUUGGGAACGAUCACUGCAGUGCCCAUUAAGGUUCCUCAGGUCAGCUCCUUGCAGAGGUUGGCAGGACAAGGACCAGCAGUGCUACCUCAGGUUAGGCCAAAGACCCUGAUUCCAGACAGCCUCCCAAUUUCCCCGUGCAGAGACCAACCUUCCAAGCAGCCUCCCACCUUCCAGAAGGCAACCAUAGUGAGCAUCAAAAACCCUAGCCCUGCCCUCCCAACUGCCAACAACACCGUCAGCCAUGUCCAGACACACAACAGCCAGUCACAAAGUGUCACCGAGCCUGCAGCUCUCUCGUCCCCUCUGAGUGGUGCCGGUGUGGCCUACGCCAUCAUUUCCACCUCCCCCAGCAAUGCAGCUCCGAUCAGCACCAGCGCCACCGUCUCCGUGGUCAAUGACAGCAUCAAAGUGCAGCCGCUUCUAAUCAGUGCCGACAGCAAGGUUAUCAUUAUUCAACCUCAAGUCCAAACCCAGACAGAAAGUAAAGUGGAGACAAAGAAACCUCCUGAAGAGUCAGCUCAGGGACUGCCUGCUACCAAAAAGAAAAAGGAGGAAAAUCCAGAGAAAAUUGCCUUCAUGGUAGCACUAGGACUGGUUACAACAGAACAUUUGGAAGAAAUCCAGAGCAAGCGUCAGGAAAGAAAGAGAAGAAGCACAGCAAAUCCAACCUACAGUGGACUCUUGGAAACAGAGCGGAAACGUCUUGCAUCAAAUUAUUUGAAUAACCCCUUGUUCCUUUCAACGAGAGCAAAUGAAGAUCCAUUCUGGAAGAAUGAGAUCCAUCACGAUGAACACUGCACUGCUUGCAAGUGUGGAGUUAACUUGCAGCCCUGUGGCACAUGUCCCAGAGCAUAUCACCUCAACUGCUUGGACCCACCCCUCAAAACUGCACCCAAAGGGCUCUGGGUCUGCCCAAAGUGCCAACAGAAGGUGUUAAAGAAAGAUGACAAUGUGCCAUGGACUGGAACUCUGGCUAUUGUUCACUCCUAUGUUACUCAUAAAACAGUCAAGGAAGAAGAGAAGCGAAAGUUAUUAAAGAGAAGCAGUGAGCUGAAGAGUGAGCAUAGACAGUUAGAAGAAAAAGAUCGACUUCUCAACAGUGCAGUGAAGAAAUGCUUAGAGCUAAAAACCAGCCUGAUGGCCCAGCAGAAAGGGACUCAGUCAUCACUGGAACGUCUCAAAACCCUCAUUAGACUGAUACAAAAUGAGCAGAUGAUUCAGGUUACCAUGACAACCACCACCACCACCUCCCUGCUAUCCAUCCCCUGGAUCAAACCCUCUGCUGCCUCUGCUGCCAUGCACAAAGCCUUGCAGCCAUCCCAGGGUAACAACUGA